AUGGCAUCGGAGGAUGCAGAUUCCGAAAACCGAAAGGUCGACAAGGCGGCGCUUCUUGAUCGAAUGGUCGCUGCUGCACAAGAAAGUGCUUCGCAAGACGAUGGCCAAGAAGAACAACCGAGUACUGAAGGACUUAACGAAGAAGAUGCACUAAGGAAUUUGACUGGUACUGUCAGGGACCAAAAUGAGUUGGAGCGCGAUAUCACGCUCCAAGCCAAUGUUGCACUGAACGAAGCCGAGGACAAAAAGGAUCAGAACCGUAUUGAAAAAUUGCAAGCGACCAAGCAUCGGCUUCAACUUCAACUAGACAAGGAGAAGAAGAGGCUCGAAAGGGUCGCUUCCAGCAAUGUCUACCAAUCUAGAAGCGUCCAGAAGGCGAUUGCUAAAUUGGACGACGAGAUUCGGCAAGUUAGUAACGACAUUACGGAUUUUCAAACCCGCAUAGACAAGCGUCAUGAAGAAAAUUUGGUUGAAGAUCCCAAAAAGUCCAAGUCGUCCAAACUUCCGGGCGAAAGCAAUCGCGAAUACUUAAUUCGAACUGGAAAAAUCACUCCAUUUGCAAAAAUUGGAGGACCAAGGCCUGCCGAAAUUCAGGGUCAGCUUGCUGACACAAUCCUGGAUGCUGAAGAGGAGGCGGCAGCAGAACAGCUCGAGGGAGAACUUGAGGGGCCAGCAUCUCAUCAACGACUUCGACGACCCGGUUUCGCCGAUGAACUCGACUCUGAGCCUGAGCCAGCCCGUCCGGUCCCAAUUGCUGAGAGUGAAUUUUCACUGCGGCCGAGGAAGAAACAGCGUGUUGAAAGAGAGCGCAGCCCAUCUGCCGAUUUUGAGCCUGAAGCAUCUGGCUCUGAGUCUCAUGAUGAUGACGUCUGGCAACAAGGAAAUGAAGACGAUCUCAUCAGAGAGCAACGCCGUCAGGCCAAAGCUAAAGCCAAGGUUGCUGAUCAGGAGCAGAUUGACCUUAGUAAGAUCGAUGAUGGCAACGAGGCACAUUUCAAGGUGAGACUGAACGAUUGGGUGACUCGUAGAAGCCGCGCGAGAAGGGCCCGAAGACAGACAGCUGAGGUUUCUGUCGAUGCUGACGAGAGUGACGACAAUGAAGAAGAGUGGUUCAAGCCUGCGCCUGAUUUCCCAGAUUACGAUUUCGGCGAUGGCUUGAAACUCCCUGGAGAUAUCCACCCUUCACUUUUUGGAUACCAGAAAACAGGCGUGCAAUGGCUUGCUGAACUCUACAAGCAGAAUGUUGGAGGCAUUAUUGGCGAUGAAAUGGGUUUGGGCAAGACCGUACAACUAAUAGCCUUCGUUGCAGCACUUCACUACAGUAAGAAGCUACGCCGUCCUGUCAUUGUCGUUGCUCCAGCUACCCUGCUUCGGCAAUGGGUAAGCGAAUUCCAUCGAUGGUGGCCACCACUUCGUGUAUCCAUCUUACAUGCCUCGGGAAGCGGCAUGAUGAACCCCAAGUUCGAAGAUGAAUAUGAUCUUGACCAUUUCCAGCCUCUUGCCACCAAGUCAGAAAAGGCUGCCAGAAAAAUCGUCAACGGAGUAGUCAAAAGCGGACACGUUUUAGUCACGACAUACACUGGCCUUCAAACAUACGCAGAAACUCUGCUACCAGUUCAGUGGGAUUACGCUGUUUUGGAUGAAGGACACAAGAUCCGAAAUCCAAAUGCUGAGAUUACUGUCACUUGCAAGGAACUUAACACGCCGAACCGCGUGAUUCUCUCAGGAACACCCGUUCAAAACAAUCUCACAGAGUUGUGGUCACUUUUCGAUUUCAUCUACCCUAUGCGACUGGGUACUCUUGUGAACUUCAGAGCCCAAUUUGAGAUACCCAUUCGUCAGGGUGGAUAUGCAAACGCUUCCAACCUACAGGUUAUGACAGCAGAGAAAUGCGCAGAAGCUUUGAAGGAAACCAUUGGAGAAUACCUGCUACAGCGUCUCAAGGUCGAUGUUGCUGCCGAUCUUCCUGAAAAAACCGAGCAAGUUCUAUUCUGCAAGUUGACUGAUGGCCAACGUAAGGCGUAUGAGACCUUUAUCAGAUCGGAUGAGGUCUCGGCUAUUUUGAACAAAAGACGGCAAUCACUCUACGGCAUUGACAUCCUCCGCAAGAUUUGCAAUCACCCCGAUCUGCUGGAUAAGACUUUAGGGAAAAAGGCCGGAUAUGACUUUGGCAACCCCAAAUUGUCUGCAAAGCUUCAGCUUACAAAAGACUUGCUGCAGAAGGUCAUGAUCCCUAACGACCACAAAACACUGCUCUUUUCGCAAGGCAAACAGAUGCUCAACAUUAUUGAAAAGUGCAUCGGUGAAUGCGGGAUCUCGUAUGUUCGCAUGGACGGAGAGACCCCUGUGGACCAUCGUCAGCCAAUGAUUGACAAAUUCAACGAAACUCCUGGUAUACAUGUGUUUCUCAUGACGACUCGAACCGGAGGAUUGGGAACAAAUCUUACGGGUGCCGAUCGAAUCAUCAUCUUUGACCCUGACUGGAAUCCCUCAACUGAUUUACAAGCCAGAGAAAGAGCAUGGAGACUAGGCCAGAAGAAGCCAGUAAAGAUCUACCGACUCAUGACUGAGGGGACUAUUGAGGAAAAGAUAUACCAUCGCCAGAUUUUCAAGCAGUUCAUGACGAACAAAGUCCUGAAGGAUCCAAAGCAGCGCAGCAGUUAUGAUCUGUCAGACCUGUAUGAUCUCUUCAGCUUCAAUACGGGUGAAAACGCAAGUGCUAGCAGGAGCGAAGUUUUCAAAAAAGCCGAAGUGGCUUUGGUCAAUGGUGAUGGGGGCGUACGACCAAACUUGCAAGCCGCUGGCGGUGUAAAACACGACGACGACGUAGAAGGCCAAGAGCUCCAACAUAUGGGCAUUGUGGCUGCUGUGGAGGAAUUCAAAGAAGACAAGUCUGUUAAUGACGAGAAGCGCAUGUUGGAAGGUAUUUUUGCCAAAUCAGUCAACAACGCUUACGACCAUGAAGCCAUUGUCAAUGGGCCACAAAAAGCAAAGGCAGACAUUUCUGUACUUCAACACGAGGCAAAUCAGGUAGCUCGUGAAGCUGCAGCACACCUUCGUCAAGCCGGCGCAGAAGCGCGAAGAGUUCCCAUAGGCACUGUGACUUGGACUGGUGAGGUUGGACAGGCUGGUCGGCCUGGAGCGAAUCGUCGCCGGGGAGGACCAAGCUCAGCAGGUAUCAUGAGCAACCUGGCAGAUCGUCAAGGCCUUGACCCUGGAAGUGGGAGGAGCUCCCGCUCAGGAACGCCCGGCGCAAACAAUAACCUGAAGUCCAAGGACUUUGUGGCCAUGAUCAAGACGUUUAUUAAUCGUCACAAUGGUCGAGUCCCUAGCAAGAUGUUGGUGGACCACUUUAACCCCCACUGCCCUGGAAAGAAGCAAAGCGAUGAGUUCAAAGCAGCGUUGGACAAGGUUGCAGUAUUGAACAAGACGGGAGGUGCGGGGAGAGGAAUCUGGACAUUGAAACCCGGAGUAAAAUAA